GCAGCAGAUACAGAUCUUCAUUUCAGUGAGAGAUAGACAGACCUAAAGAUGCGAUCCCAAUUCGUCCUCGCCUUCGGCCUAGUGGUACUCGUGGCGGUUGCAUAUGCUGCCACAACCGAUCCAUCGACGUCGACUACGCCUUCGACUUCCCCAACAACCUCGACUCCAACUUCUUCUUCACCUACUACGACUCCGUCAUCUUCCCCAACUACAACGACUCCUUCAACUUCCUCAACUACAACGACUCCUUCAACUUCGUCUACAAGUCCUUCCACUACGUCCUCUUCGACACCGUCCACAAGUACUUCCUCGACUACACCAACUACCUCGACCACAUCAAGCUCCUCUUCUAGUGACAGCACAUCUGUGGAGAAAAAGCUGAAGCGCAGGAUUCGCAGGCUGCGGCGCCAGGAGAGACGUCUGAGGAGGCGCGAGGAGAGGCAGAGAGAGCGGCGUGAGGAGAGGCGUGAGGAGAGGAGCGCAGGAAGGAGGCGCAACCGUAGGGGUUAAGGAUUUGAAAAUGAACUCCUGACAAAAAUGUACCGUGAAAAGAAAUAAAAUGGUUAAAAGUGAA